AUGGUGUUUGCUCUGGCUUCGCGCUCGCUCCGCUCCACGGGCUUCCGCCCUGCUCUUUCUAACCUGGCUGGUGCCCGCCGUGGCUACGCCGAGGCUGUCAGCGACAAGCUGAAGCUCAGCUUUGUUGUCCCCCACAAGGUCAACGUUUCGGCUGUCAGCGGUGACCUCGGUAUCCUCGCUUCGCACGUUCCCAGCAUCGAGUCCCUCCGGCCUGGUCUGCUCGAGGUGAUCGAGUCGAGCGGCACGAGCAAGCGCUUCUUCGUCUCGAGCGGCUUCGCCACGAUCCACCCUGACAACAGCCUCACCGUUAACGCCGUUGAGGCCUUCACUCUUGACUCGUUCUCCCCCGACGCGGUCCGCCAGGGCCUCACCGAGGCGCAGCGCGUCGCCAGCGGCAGCGGCUCUCCUGAGGAGAAGGCCGAGGCCGAGAUCGAGGUGGAAGUCUACUCUGCCAUCCAGUCUGCUCUCUCGCAGAACUAA